GCUUCAAGAUACUGAUGGCAGAUUCAUCCAGUGAUUCAGACAACUUUCUUACGGGUCGAACUGGGAGGCGGCCUUUGAGAGCAUCCCACAACAGAGCUCAGAACUAUGGUGCUGAAGAAGUUACAGAGAAGAUCCAUACUUUAGCAAGUACUUUGCAGGAUACCAACAGAAAUCUAAGACAUGUCGACCAUUUGCUAGGACAAUACAGAGAAUACAACAAGGAACAAACCAAAGCAAUAACAACUUUAAAAGAAACACUGGAGCAAUCUAUAGGUCAAUUAAGAAGCCAGCGACUAACACGAAACUCUGGAAUGAGAAGUGCAUCUCUCUCAAGCUUGUAUCCCAGUGACCUGGAUGGAGAAGGAACAUCAGGCAACCGCCACUUCCUGCCCACUUCUCCUCUCAGGGAUUAUGGGGACUCAUGGAGCAAUAAACAUCGAAGAUCUAGAUCUGCAAAUGUUCGAUUUGUCAAUGAGGCAGAUAAUGUGGACCAGCUGCAUUCUUUCCACCAGUCUCUUCGAGACCUCAGCAAUGAGCAACUUCGCCUGGGAGAUGACAUCAGUCGUGAGCUUUCAAGAAGAAAUCGGACUGAUGCUGAAUUAAGAAAGACUCUGGAAGAAUUGUCUGAAAAGCUCACUGAGUCCCAAAGACAAGAAACGGUAUCAGAACGGGUAGAGAGAAGACUUCAGGAGAUAGAAGAAGAAAUGCGUGCUGAAAGACAGCUCGUAGAAAGGCGCCAGGACCAGCUGGGACACGUGUCUCUCCAGUUACAGGAGGUUUUAAAGAAGCAAGAUGCUAAAGCAGAUGAAACAGAAGAACUCCUGAGAAGCAAACUUGUGAAAUAUGAAAGCAAAAAGCACCAGCUUGAGCAGGAAUUGGAGCAGUCCCGGAAAAAAUUGAGUGAAUCUGAAGACAGUAGAGAAGCUCUUUUGCAUCAGAUUGAGGAUCUUCGUUCCCAGCUUUCCAGAGCAGAAGAAGACCGUGUAGAGUUGCAACAUCAAAUUUCAUAUGCUGCUAUGCAUCGCCAGAGCUACCACGAUGGACAGGAUGAUGACAGGAGAAUUAGAGCAGUAGCUGAAAGAUAUGAGAGAGAGAAGCAAGAUCUAGAGAAACAUAUUUUGGAACUUAAAGCAAAGCUGAGUCAUAAUGCUGCAAUGUCAGAGGUAGAAGAACUGAAGAGAUGUAUAGAACGUAAGGACAAGGAGAAAGCACAGCUUGUAAUGCACAUACAGGUGUUAACAUCUGACCUGGAAAAUAGGGAGAAGCAGCAGGAAAAAAUGCUGGACCAGCUAAAGGAGAUACAGAAUUGCUACAAGGCUUGUGAGAAUGAACGUAGACAAAAUGAACUUCAGUCUGCUGAGUUAGCUCAACAGGCUGAAGAGAGUACCAAGGAAGCAGAACGGUAUCUCACUGAAUUCAAGCAUUCAGAGGCACUCAGGCUGGAGAUUGAGAAAAAAAGAGAAGAUUUGAAGAUGAGAGCCCAGGAAACCAUCCGCCAAUGGAAAUUGAAGUGUAAGAAACUGGAUCGUGAGAUAGAAAAACAAAAUCAAACUAUCAGUGAAAUGAUGGACAAGAGUAGUCAGGCCCUCAAAGAAAAAGAUGAUCUCAAAAGUCAGCUUCUCUCAGCUAUAAACCAAAUAGAAAACCUGAGGAAAGAGCUGAAUGAUGUGCUUACAAAGAGAGCCCAGCAGGAAGAACUCCUCCACUGUAAAGAGGUAAAACUGAAUGAAAUGGAGUCACACCAGGUAUCGCUUGAAGAAGAGAUCAAAGAAAUUCAAGGUACUGUCAAAAAAUUGGAGAAUGAGUUGAAAAAGCAAGUCAUUUUACAAAAUCAAAUGCAAGCUGAGAAGGAACACUUGAAGACAGAACUUGCAACUAUUAACUUGUUUCAUAAAAAAGACCAAGAACGACUCCUAGAAAUGCAAGCAGAUGUAAAAAAUUUAAGCGCCAUACGUGUGGAACUAGCAAACAGAAUAGCAGAAGAGGAGAAAGCCAAAAAGGAAUUACUUAAGAGCCUCUCAGACCUCAAGAAACAGCAGGAAUCUAGUAAUGAAGAGAUGAUUUCAGCUAACGGGCAGCUGAAGAUGGAAAGAGAAAUUCACCAACAGGAGUUGGCAGAUCUUAGAUCAGAGUUACAAAAUGUGAAAAUCAAACAUGAACAAAAUGUUCAAGAACUCAUGAAACUCCUUAAACAAGAAAAAGAUGAUGCAGAGGCUCAGAUUAGAAUGCUAAAGAUGGAACUUUUAGAAGACAAAAAUAUAGUCAAGGCUCAGUGUCGACAACUGGAAAAAAUAAAAAUUGAGUGUGAUAAAUUGACAGAAGAAUUAACCCUAAACAAGGAAGAAAAUACAAAACUAAAACGGAAAUGUGAGUUUGUAAAACAAGAACUGGAGAAAAAGGAAAAACAGAUCAGCCAUGAAGAAGAUCAUUUGAGAAAGAUGAGUGAGGCCAGACUGCAGUUUAAAGAUCAGCUGCGUCACUUAGAAAUGGAGCAGCAAUCCAUUCUCUCCAUGAUAGGAAGUGAAAUUGAUGCUGCUUGUGAAAUCUUUUCUCGGGACUCCAUGGAGAAAUUCAAAGCAAUAUCCCUUACACCAACAGUAUUGAAUGAUCCUCAUCGCUGGUUAGCAGAAACAAAGACUAAGCUUCAGUGGCUGUGUGAGGAGGUAAAAGAAAGAGAAAGCAAGGAAAAAAAGCUGCGAUGCUAUUUGCUGCAAAGUCGAGAACAGCUCAAGCACUUUACCCAGAUGAAGGAGACUGAACAUCAGUCUCUCUUUAAACAAAUAAAAACCCAAGAAAAGCUUUUGGAAGAAGUUCACAGAGAAAAAAGAGAGCUACUAGAGAAGACACACAGAAAAGAGGAAGAAAUGGGAGCUCUCCAGGAACGUAUUAUGGCCUUAGAAAUGAGUACCCGAGUAGCUUUAAACCACUUGGAGUCUGUGCCUGAGAAACUGAGCCUGUUAGAAGAUUGCAAAGAUACUGGAGAGUCCCGUUGCCGAAGGGAGAUGAUUGAGGAGAGGUAUAUGAAGUAUAAAGAAAUAGUGAGUUCUUUGCAGCAACAGCUGGAAGAUUCAAAGCAAAGAGUUGGGCAAGUCAAGGAUGUGACAAUGGAUGCUGAAAUUUCUGGUAUAGAAGUGGCUGCUCACUCUUCUAGUUGGCGAUCUCAAAACAGCUUUUUGUGCAGCUCACUGCUUUCAAGUUCAGGUUCACUUAUGAAAGGGAUGAUUCCUUUGGAUACAAGUGCCACCAAGGAAGAUUCUACUAAUGUUGCUGUUAGUGAAAUGAAGCUGCAAGCAGAAGGAGGAAAGCAGUAGAAUAUUUUACAAAACCAUACCAGUUUUCUCUGUGGUAAAUUCGGGUUUUUUUUUUGGUUUUUUUUUUUUUUUUUUUUUUUUUUUUUGGUUCUAACAGUAGUAACUCCAUCUGCUGUAGGAGUGAUGCACCCUUAAUGAUUCAGCAAUUGAAAAAUCACUCAAAUGAAAGAGCACCAAGAGUGAUUCUGAUGAACUCUUGUGAUAAUCUAGGUGACUUGUACACCAAAGGCAUUCUGGGAUUUUUCUAUUGUCUUGAAUUUGCUUUUGCAGUCCUCCUAGACUAAAUUUAUUGCAUUCCUCAAAUACUGUGAACUGAUAUACCUGUAACGUUAAUCUUUGCUAUGAGGUUAUUUACCCCAUACAGGAUUUGUUUUGACACUUUCUUUUUUUAUUAUGUUUAAUAGCAUUAUUGAUAAUGAAAAAAUAUUCAGA